GCUGACGGAGGAAGAAGAGCGGCGCACACAAUGCACUGCCUGCCUGACAAGGGUUGUGUCUCCCUCAUUUUCACCAUUAAUUUCCAAUUCAGUGGAAACUCAUGAGAGGACAGCGCCUGGGCCAGUCUCGUUCUUUCCCCCGAGCGUUUUUCUCUCCGGCUUUGACGAGAUUGAGAAACCACUGACUGGAAACGAAAUCUGAUGGUCCAACUUCUUCCAAACAUUGGAUUUACACAGCCCGACCGGAGGAGAUCCGCAGCCCGGCGGGGGCUCGGCCGACACCCUGGAAAUCGAGUCCGAGGCUUAGAAAUUUGGGCCUUGGUUUUUUUUUUUUUUUUUUCAGCGAAGGAGGAAUAACAAAACGAUACCUCUGUGUGAUGCACCGAAGUGUAAUUAUUCUCUGGCGUGUCGACGUUUCUAAAAUAUCCCACGUCCUCGUCCUGCUGCCUUUAAAAUUUUGAGGGGUUUCUGCGUGUGGCUCAGCUAGCUAACAGCUGGAUUUGCUAACGCUAGCUAGCCGAGGUGCUAACGUUACGUCUUUCUUUUGAUGUGAUGAGAAUUCAACCAUCACCAUCAUCGGCCAUCAACAUCCCAACAGGAGCAAAUUUCCUGUUGGAUACCGUGUAUGUUCCCAGUCUGCCAGUGUCGCCCUCACUCUUCCCAGACACGUUAUAACAAUAUCGUUGUAUUUUUAGGCCGCUGUCAGACUAUAAUGUAAUAUAUUGCGUUAGCCUUGUCCAUGCUAUCCGAGGGAGCUAACUGGCUGACCUAACGUCAAAUACAAGUAGCCCUGCUACCUAAAAUAAGAUAGACAGCUCUUUUUGUUGCCUGGAUUAAGCGUGAUCUACUGUAGCUGUCAACAGUAACACGGUCCAUUUCAGAUUGAUGUGAAAUAACACCACGGAAACCUCUGAGUUAAUGUUGGAUAAAGAUGUGAUUGGCCUUGCUAGCUAGCUAACCGUAUAAUUUUGCUAAUAUAUUUGUCAGGGUUUGCAGAAAUAAGAAAAUCCUCGGACGUUGUUUUAGGGAAAGUGGUUUUAUUUUGCGUUGCACGUAUACACACGUCAGUCCUUUCUGUCUGUUACACACCAAGACUGGUCUUUUUUGUUUACAUGCGACCAACUUCUGUGGUGGUCGCUUCUUGCUAGCUAGCCAGCUAGCUAAUAAUAGCUUUUUAGUUGAUACUAUCAGCUAUGUCUUGACAGCUGUUUUGUUAUUCUUCGUUUAAAAUUUACAUUUGGAUUCAAGUUCGUUUGGCAGAUUAAUUGAAAUGACACUCAAAUUUCGCCGAAAGAAAGGCACCGAUGCCAAUAGACUGUUGUCAGAGGACGGUAAAUAAUAGCCACUGGUUCCAUUUACGCCAUUUUAACAGAGGCUCCCUGUGAGGGGGGCAGUUUGGUGUUUUCCUUCUGCGGUUCGGUGCUUUUUCCACCGGACCGGGGGACUUGAAUAAAGUGCCUUUUGGUCCCGUCGGAUACACAAAAGGGGGGAGGUGGCGUCCGGACAUGGAGGGCCCGAGCAGAAGCAACGAGAGACGGAGCCGGAGGUCCCGGUCCCAGCGCGACAGGGACCGGCGGAGGAGGAGGGUGGACCUGGCCGAGGACCGGGCCACGUCCCUGUCCUCGGGCUCCGACCGGGAGGCCAGCGGCACCAACGGCGUCCUGGGCCCCGGAGGGAGGGAGUGCCGGCCCGGUUUCGGCAGACACAGGCCUCCACGGCGGAGGAAAAGGGAGUCCGUGUCCUGCGAGGAAGACAUCAUAGACGGAUUCGCCAUUGCGAGCUUCAUCAGCCUGGAAGCGCUGGAGAUGGACUGUUCCCUGAAGCCCAAUCAGCGCACCGAUAUGCUGGGAAGGAAGAUUAAGGGCAAACGGGGACCAGAGGAGAACGGCGGAGGGCCGCUUUCUGAACCGGAGGAAGGAGGCCCGCACAGCCACUCCAGCAGCUGCAAGAACAAAAACAAGAGGAGAAAGAUAGAGGGGUCACUUCUGGAGACCGGCUACAUAUGCGACACUGAGAGCGACGCUGGAGAUAAGGCCUCCGACAACGACGUGGAUCCGGUGUUCACAGUCAGCACCAGAAAAGCUGUGGACGGCGCCCCGUCGAACGUGAGCAAAAGCCUCCCGCCGCUGCCGGUGCGGGUGGGCGCCGUGUCCCUGCUGAUGGUCACGCCCCGGGUGUCCGGCCUGGAGCGCAGCCAGGAGAAAAGCCUGGAGCCGGACUCCGUCUCCUCUUCUACCUCUUCCGCCCCGCUCUUCUCCUGCCUCCCCCCCCACCCGGAGGCCGGCGGCGUGCCGAGGCCUCCGGGCGCGCUCAACGGCGCCGGCCGCCAUCACCACAACGGCAGCCCGCCGCUCUCCAAACCCAAGCCCUUCCUCUCCCUGCCCGGGCAAUCCCACUCCAUGUACAAACUCGGCAACAGGAGCAGCACGCCGGUCAAACCUCCGUCGGCGGCGGCGUCCGUCCCGUCUUCCUUAUCCUCCAUGCGUCCCACCACUCCCUCCACCAGUGUGUCUCUGCCAUACAGCCGGGGCUCAGGAUCCUCAGGGCCCCUGCGGCCCCCCUCCAGAGCCAGUUCCGGGGCCCUGUUCACCCCCUCCCCCAGCCUGCCUCCCCCUCCGCCUCUGCUACAAGAGCGUGAGGGCCGGCGCAGCGUCCCGGGUCCAGAAAACGGCGCCACGCCGGCAGGCCGCUCCACCCCCGGCGGGCCGUCCAGCUCGGUGUCGGGCUCCUCGGGCCGGGCCUCGCAGAACCAGACCAGCAUGCCGCCGCUGGCGCUCCAGUUCCAUCAUCACAACCACCAGCACCAGCACACGCACACGCACCAACACUUCACGCCCUUCCUGCAUCCCACCGCCACCGCGCCGCCUCUGUUCGAUAAGUACCCGGGCAAAAUGGACGGGCUGUACCGACACCCUUUCUUCCCACAGUACCCACCACCCUCAGUGCCGAGCAUCCAGCCUGUGAUUCCUCCCAACGGGCCUUUCAGCUCUUUACAGGGAGCCUUUCAGCCAAAGGGAAACGGUCCCGAUCUGACGGCGCGCCUCGGGGUGGUGCCUCACCACCUGCAGCCCAAAGACCCCAGGAAACCAGGAAAAUGGUGCGCUAUGCAUGUAUACGUCGCCUGGAUGAUCCUGAGUCAUCAGAAAAAAGUGAAGCUCAUGCAGGCCGACCCGCACAAGUUGGACUUCCGCAGCGAACUCCUGGCUCGUUUUCCUGGAGGAGGCGGACUGGGCCAACUGGGGCCAAUGGGAGGAGCCCUGCCUCCAGCUCACGACCUGACCAGGCCUCCCAGCCUGUUCUCAGCCACAGGCGCCGUCAACCCGUCCUCGGCGCCGUUCAUGUCUCCAUCAGCUCCUCACUCCUCUUUCCUACAACCGCCCACGCAUUUAGAUCCGUACGGCAGAUCCCCGCCCUUCAACCCGCUGGGAGCCCUGGGAUCUGGUGCCUUUGGAGGGCUGGGCAGCCCCACGCUGGGUCAGUUCAGCUGUGUCUUUGCUAUUGAAACGAGGCUCAAAGGAUCAGUUGUGGCUUUUAAAUCUGCCGGAAUAGAGUCUGAAGCCAUUGGACGUUGGUUCAUUUGGAGCUGGGUUAGGGUUGGUGUUAGAAUUAGGGUUGGUGGGGAUGCGGAGGUGGGUGGGGGGUCUGGAGGCUGCCUGAAGGACUACAUGAGGAAAAACACAGGUGGAGGUUUGCCCUAAAUUUGGAGGAAACUUGAAUCCAUCCGGCUGACGCAGGCUGCCGAGGAUCAUGUUUCACUUCAGCUAAAAUUAGAAAUGUGGGAUUGUUCUAGCCCAUAUUUACUUUAUGGGGCAACCGAUGUUGCAGUUAUGAAUGGAAGAGUUGAUACGCGACCUUAGAGGUUGAACCGUGGUCUAAUUGGUCCCACCCAAGCUCCUGACAUCAUGAGAUGGGAGGAAUAGCUAAAGCAGCCAGUCACUCAGCAGAUAUGCAGCAUUGAGGGCUUUGCAUAGAGGCAGAAUUAAGGAAUCCAAACUGAUCCUUUGAGCCGUGCUGUCAUGGAGGAACUGCCUCUCUUAUGAGCUAAAGCGGCAUGGCGUUUGUUCCCCUCAUUCAAAGGAAGAAAGCUAACUUUGAAAAUGAGUUUUUAGCCAAAGUGAAGAUGACCUUUGUGUUUUAAACGGUUCGGACUUUGCGCCAAGUGGGAGUUGGAUGGUUAAACGCAGAUUUCUAACAUGUAACUUAGCCAAAAAUUGGUUUUACAGAUGAUUCAUUAUCUGUAAAAUCGAUAAAAACUACAUCCCAUCAUGCGAUGAAGCAUUGGAAAUUUAAGUUUGCAUGUAAAAAAUGGUACAAAACAAGCUUUUAUCUGUCGUCUACUCAGAUUUUACAGCUUAUCGCCGUUUGAAAACAGGAACUGAAGGCGUCCUCUUUAAAGAGACUUCACCAUAGCUUCCCUAUCUAAUGAGUGGCUGAUUGGCUUCCCCUGGAGUCGGUGUGGGGAACUGAGCUCUGACUAUUUGUGCAUCAAAGCUUGUUAUUUGAAGGAUUGCUGAAGAAAUUGAAUUUUUUUUUCUCUUUGAAUGCGCGUCUAAUAAAUAGAAAAAUACAUUUUCACAGUUUCUAUGAACAUUGAAAAAAGAAACCCACUGUUUUUUCCUUUAAGUUUUCACUCGUUGAUUUGGAAGCUAACACAAUUUGGAGGAUUUCUGUUUGCUAGCCGGUUAGAUUGUGUAGUUUCGAGUGUCCAGCUGGUCUCAUCCUCUAAAAAUGGUAUGUUUGGAAGCAGAAUAAUCCAGAGGAUGAGACUCCACCAAACGCCUCAUAACCGGGAAACAAGCGCGACAUAAAGACAAAAUAAGAAAGUCUGGUCUUUUUUUAUGAUCCCGGAUCCCGUCUUAACUUUUCCGAGGCCUGUGUUUGUUAACUGCUUUCCUUCCCUCUUAAUGUUUUUCUCUCCUGUCUCGUAGCACAGCCACAGCUCAGCUGUCGCUGUCACAGAGACUUGUUUGGAGUUUGUCGUUCAUUUACGGGUGCAAGGUUGUAUGCAUUAAUUCCAGUAGCCCCGAAGGCUGGACCGAGUCCAAACGCGAGUCGGCGCUGAAGGCGUGGCUCGUGCUUUUUUAUUUCUGUCAAAUCGGGAACACGAUUCUGGUCUGUUGGGAAGCCGUCCCAUGGUUUAGUUGUGUUUGAUCAACUAGACCGAGCUGGGGGAGUUAACGACAGCACCCAGUGCUAAACUGUUCCAAUUCUAGGGCUGCAGGUUUGAUUUGUUUAGAGAGGACAGAGCUGUUUUGAUAGACAUGUGCCUUAAACCUGCUACGUAGACCUGUUUUAGAUGCUAACAGCUAAGCAGUUUGUAAAGCAUGCCUCCCUGAAGCCUUUCAGGCCAAUUGUCUGACUUCUGCUCCGACCGCUGAGGUGUUCUGUGUGCUAACUGUGGAAUAUCCCGCCUGCAGCCAGCUCUGUGUUUGGCCCCAAAGAGCCACCGUCCAGCGUGGUGGGAGGCAUGCCGCCCUCCAACCACCACCACGACGCCUGGAGCCGCCUGCAUGGAGGCUCCUCCGGGUUCCCCGGAGGCCCCAGCUGGGCUAAAGGACCCGACAAGAGGGACGAGAGGGACCGAGGGAAGGAUGGAGAGAGGAGAGACAUGCCCCACAUCAAGGACGAGAAGGACAGGGACAGCCUGCUGUAUGGCCGCCCCCCUGUGAGGAUGUCCCCGGUGGGCCCCACCUUCAGGCCGCGCAGCAGCACGCCGGUGUCGCACCUGAACGGCCACGGCGGGCCGAUGGACGAUCUGACGCGCGGUUUCGGCGAGAAACAGCGUCCGCCGCCGCCAUCUUCUUCUUCUUCUUCUUCCCGGGCGCCGCUCGCCGGCGCCGCCCUGCUGGCCGAACGGGAACGUCCGCGCUCGUCUUCAUCCUCCGUGCUCACCACGCCGCCGCCCUCCAACCGCUCGGCCCAGUCGCCCCUGGACCUGUACCCCCCCCGCUCGCAGGCGCACGGUUUCCACGGCGACCACUCCCAUUCCUCCCACUCCUCCCACUCUUCUUCUCAGCCCAAGAAGUCGGACCGAACGGCCACGCCCGUCUCCAAGCCGCCGCCCAUGCUCCUGCCGCCCGUCAAAGUGAAGGAGGAGCGCAAGGAGGAGCCGGAGCACAUCCCCAUCAGCCUGCCCCCCCCCCCCCCCCCCCACCCCCUCGCCGCCGCCCCCCCGCCCCCCGGCAGCCACCCCCACCCCCCCGGCCCCCCCCCCGGGACGCCCUCCUCCCUGUCGCUGACCCCCACCCACAGCGCCCCCCCCCACCUGUCCCUGCUGGACCGGUCCCGGGCCAUCGAGGCCUACCUGGCCAGCGCCGGGGCCCCGGGGCUGGUGAUGGGCCCCGGGGGGGAGCGCUUCUCCCACGGCCCCCCCCAGCCCCCGCCCCCCCCACAGGGCCCCCACAGCUACACCUGGGACCCCUGGAGGGACCUGGCGGCCCAGCAGCACCAGCACCGGCGGGAGGCCCUGGCCCUUCGCUCGGACCCCCACCUGGCGCUCCGAUCGGACCCCCACCUGGCGCGUUUGCUCCAGCAGCAGCGGCUGAUGGAGGCGGAGCGCGCGGCCGCCGUGGCGGCGGCGGCGGCGGCGGCCGCCCCCCAGCAGCCGCCCACCUCUACCUCGGGGCCCGGCGGCGUGCGGCCCGAUUUCGGGCUGAUGGCGCACCACUUCGAGCGCCCGGCGGGGCUGGGGCCCCCGGGCGGCGGGCUGAUGGACGAGGAGCAGCGCGCCCAGAUCCUGAGGGAGGACUUCGAGCGCGCGCGCUACUUCGGGAUGCACCCCCACCCCCACCCGCACCCCCACCUGCCGCCCGGCGCCCACCUCUGCACCCGGGGCUGCUCCCCCACCACCUGUCCUCCGGGGGGGGGGGGCCCCCAGCACCACGCCGGGCUCUACUCCCGCCUGGGCCACAUCAACCCGCACCACCUGCCCAACGGCCUCCUGGCCAAGACCACGGCCGGCCUGGUGGGGGCGCUGUCCGUGGGGGCGCCGCCGCCGCUCAUCCCGUCCAUGACCAGCCGCUCGUCCACCCCCCCCCGCGGCUCCAGGCUGGGGGGGGGCCCCGGCGAGCUGGCCCUGUACAGCGCCCACAAAGACGGGGAGUCCAGAUAG